AUGUCUAUCAUCACCAUCGGGACUCUUCCCCGCAUGAGUCGGGACGCCCUGUCCGAGCUCCUCCUUUCAACCAGUUCCCCCAGCAAGCUGGCCAUUAUUGACGUCCGCGACUCGGACCACGUCGGCGGCCACAUCACCACCUCCACCUGGAUCCCCAGCUCCUCUCUCGAGCUCCACCUCCCCGAACUCAUCCGCACCCUCAAAGACAAAGAGAAGGUCGUCUUCCACUGCGCUCUCAGCCAGCAGCGGGGCCCCUCCGCGGCACUGCGCUACGCCCGCGAGCGCGAGCGCGUCCUCGGUGCCGAGGAGGCGGCCAAGACCGGUCAGGAGGUGUUUGUCCUCGAGGGCGGGUUCGUCGAGUGGCAGGAGAAGUAUGGGAAGGAUGUGCGGCUGACGGAGGCUUAUGCGGAGGAUGUUUGGCAGAUGUAUUGA